GAAAAGAUGUCCUAUAGAGACCUUCGAAACUUAACAGAAAUGAUGAGGGCUCUCAACUUUCCCAAGCAAAUAUCUCUCGAGAGUUUUCGCCAGCCGAAUUUCCCACUAAUGGCUGAAAUGCUUCGGUGGCUGGUGCUUCGCUACGAUCAAAAUGCAGCAAUUAUGGACUCAAUUCAGAAAGAAGCUGACAGAAUUCUGUUUAUGAAAUCAAUUGUACAGUACUUGGCUGUAAAAGCACAUCUGAAACUGAAUAUAAAGAGAUUAUAUCAGGCAGACAGACAUGCAGUCAAGGAACUCAUUAAGGUAGCCUCCCUGCUUUACGAUGCAAUAAAUAUCAGCAAAUCUGCUGCAGCGCAGGCCAAAACCGACUCAGAACUUGGCUUAGACGAAUACAAAAAGGCCGAAUUCAGUGGUAAACAGACGGAAAUCAGAAAGAUACGAGAACUGAGUUCUCUCAUAACAGAAAAAGGCGCUAUGCUUUAUGAUCUAUUGGAGAAAGAGAUUGAGCUUAAAAGGUUGAGACAAGAUGCGAUUAAUAAGCCCCCUGAUAUCGAUGGAAUUGGGCGGGAUAUUCAGAAAGCAAUUCAAUCGAUUGAUAACGAGAUUAACAAGACAGUGAAGUUACUUGACAAUGUGGCCACUGAUGAAGCUAAUCUGGAGUCCAAGACAGCCAAUAGACACGAGGAAUUAGAGAGGUUGCAGAAGCGCCUGAAGAGUCUGGGGUCUGUGCGGCCUGCAUUCAUGGACGAGUAUGAAGCAGAGGAGAAGAAACUGGAGAAGUUAUAUACUGAGUACAUCAUCAGGUUCCGGAACCUGACGUACCUGGAGAGUCAGCUGGAGGAGUUCCACCAGGCGUCUCAGAGGGACCUGGAUGCAUUCGACAGCAGAGUGGAGAGUGCGAAGAGACAGUCGGUGUUCAAUGCCAUGAACAAUGCAGACCAUGCAAUGGGUAUAGGAGGGGGCAGAGACAUGGACGACAUUAAUGACGAUGACCUCAACGACUCAGAGGACGAGGUCGAAGACGGUUUCCAAAAGCGCAACGACCGUCCAGGUGGGGCCAGUGCUUUGAAAAAGGGUCCAUUGGGUGCAAAAGGUGGCAAUAAAAUGUAUGGAGACGAAGACGAUGAUUCGGAUGAAGACGAAGAUGACUCAGAAAACGAAGACGAUGAUGACGACGAAGAUGAAGAUCUGAACAUUGGCGCCGAUGGAUCGGAAGAUGAAGACGAUGAAGAUGAUGAUGAUGAGGAUGACGACAAUUUUGACCUGGACAGACAAAGUCGCCCGAGAGCGCGAGGAGGAAAAAAAGGAAAAGGUCAACGAGAUUCGAAAGGAAGAUUCGGAGCGUCCGAGUCGUUAGGACAAGAUGAAGAUGAUGACGAUAAUUUCUAGAAAAAAAAAUCAAAUUUGCAGUUCUAAUUUCCUUUAAACAAGUGGCUCAGUCUUUUCUGGAAUGGGAAGCGGGAGCAACGUUUUAAAGUACUGUGUUCAUAAUUGUAAAUAUGUAAAUUCAAGCAUAUGUUUGUAUGUAGAAAGAAAAUUGA